AAGAAAAAUUCAGAUCCACAAGCGGCUAAAACACAAGUGACAGAAGCACGAUGGAAUGGAGAAAUAAAUUAAAACUAAAAUGGUGCCAAAUUUCAUAGAAGUUGUAUAAUUAAGAAACUACUUAACCUUUGACCGCUGUAUGUAGUAAUACAAGUGCACAAGUACCUAGCUCGGGUGGAUUGUCUCCUCAAAUGUCCAGCCUAACACAAUAAAAGAUUGACCAAUACAAGUAUGGAUCCAUAUGUCAAGUUAAUUCGCGACCCAAAAGUCGAAGACAUGGUUACCGGUUGGUCUGAAACAUGUUUUGCUUGUCGAAACAAAAGUGAAUUCGUUCCUCAACUUCUGUACCUGCAGGAAAUGCAACUUUUCAAACAUCUUAUCCUCCAAAAAACCAACCUGAGUCCCAGCAUCGUUAAAACAUUUGAAGCCAACUUGCACACUUGUUCAGAAUGCCUCCAAUUAAUUCUCGCCCUGUGCGGAAUGAACCAGCAGAUUAUCGCUAUUCAAAGAGAGAUGGAUAAGAUUGUCGACAGCGUGAAGAAUUCUUUACAGGAAAGAGACAACCAAUUGGAUAAUCCAACUCCAGUGGAAUCUUGGUCCUCUCUCCCACUUGAGGACGACGAUCUAGAGCCUGACGACGAACAUGAGGACCCCAUCCUUGACAUAGAAUUUGGAAUUGACCUUGGUUCCAACUCAGAUUCAAACAAGCAUGACGACGAAUCAAGUAACGUUACAGAAACUCGUGGCUAUCGCAAGCGAAGAUGGACCCCAAGAACAGCAAAAAGGAAGGCGCUACAAUUCCUGAGUGAAGUUAAAUCAGAACCUGAAUCAGAGGAUGAAAUAUUUCCUCAAUUUGACCCCUUCCUAGACAAUAGUUAUGAAAACGAGGGCCAGGAUGAUGAUCAAAAACUCCCUGGCAAGAUCAAUAGUCCACCAAAAUGUAAAAUCAACCUGCUGAGAAAGAGAAGACGCAAAUUUUCUCCCAAAAAAGUCGUAACACAAUCUCUAAAUGGAAAGCCCCCCUCCUGUGCCAAGAAAACUAGAGGGCAUAAUAAAGCUACAACGGUAGACCAGUUCAAACUACGUCCACCCUCAACACCUGAUGGGAAAUUCCCUUGUAGCAAAUGUGGCAAAAUAUUUACCAACUGGAGGUCUGUGCUCUCUCAUGAGAUAACUGUAUGCAAAAUUCACCACGAUAAAGGAAAGUUGGUCAAGCUCAACUUCAAAUUAUUCGAAUGUGACAAAUGCGAUAAAAAAUUCGUGUUUAUAAAGGAUUACGAAAGGCAUAAAUAUAUCCACCUCCGUGUUAAACCAUUCCUUUGCGAAAAGUGCGGCAAAAAUUUUUCGCAAAAGCAGGCCUUAACUUAUCAUGAGAAGGUUUACUGUAAAAAGCAAGAACCGGAUGUUGAACUCAGGAAGAAGCUCAGACAACUUAAACUACAGCUAGACCGAGACAAAUAUAAAAACUAUAAGUUUCCAUGUGAUGCUUGCCAAAGGCGAUAUCCAACCCAGCAGAAACUCGAUGACCAUAUCAAACGUCCGCAUAAAAUGGUCACGAAAUUCCAAAAAAUUUCGUGCGAUAUUUGCGAGGAGGAGAUGCAUAUCCAUUUAUUUAUCUCCCACAAGCGAGAUAUUCAUAAAAUAGCCGGUAGUCAUAAAUGCCAACAGUGCAAGAAAGGAUUUUAUUCGGCGAAUGGACUUCAAAAACAUGUAAAAUCGGUACAUGUCAGAGAACAAGUAAAGGAAACUAGCUUAGACCAUGGUAACGAUCAGGAGGAUAACAGCAAUGGUUUCAGUUCGAAUAAUUCAACUAGUUGUGAGACAAAAGCAACAUAAAUCUACAUCCAUGCUUCUUUACAUAAAGCACUGAAUAAAUAUUUAAUUACUGACAUUUUCUGGUGGGACCAGGGUUCAAUUAGAUAGGCGACUGGUUUCUUAGUAUUUACGAUAAAAUUUGUUUAAACCGUAUCGAUCGGGGGGACUCUUUGGUUACACAAUCUUUUAUAUCAUAUCAAUCAAAUAAUAUUUUUUAAGGAAAUCCGUUUUCUAUGUAUAA